AGCAGAUACUACUGCUGAGCGUUUGAUUGACCUGAGUAACAAGGCGGAGAUAGCAAAAUGGAAUCUAUCUCGCACCAGUUGAUCCUAAUGACAACGUCAACAUUGUCGUCGCGACGUUCAAGACCAUAAACCAACUCCACCAGUACACUAGAUAUGAAGCGCACCCUGGUUUCGGACUCGAUUGAAAUCCAAUUCAACCCUACUCUACUCAAAUACGCAGCUGAUAUCGAUCCAAGUCAAGACUAUGACCUGUUCCUCCGCCUCUGUUGGAUAUUCGCCACGACGAUCGGCCAUGAACUUAUCCAUGUCAUCAACUAUAUCCGUUUCCACGAUACCGAGUCCGGACAUGACAUCAGCCUCGAAGAUGAAUAUGUAAUCUGGAAUUCGCGUCAAAACAAACAAUGUGAAGAUGGGUUUGCAUGGGAAGUCAGCAUGUUCAAGCUCAAGGUUGAGCCGCUUCCUUAUCCAGAGUAUUACGAAACGAAGAGAUCUCCUUGGAACCCUGUUACAUCGGAGCUCAUUCCGAAGUACGGACUAUAUGCUUAUGAAUGGCCGGAAGGAGGCAAACUUCUGGAUAGUCACAAGCGCUGGGCCGUUCCUAUGAAUUACAUUGCGCAGUGGUUCUCGGAAGAAAAUUGGAAGCAUAUUGGAAGCACUGACAUUAUAGGGACCGUAUACUCGACUGAAAGACCCUUGGGGAUCCGACUCGCACAUCGAAAAAGAGUGCCUACAAGACCAGGCUACCUGAGCGAUUCCCGAGACCGUUGGUCGAAUCAGAUCCACGGACACGAUAAUCGUAAGUAUGCACAUUUUACACAGGUACAAUGCGUCUUCUCGGAUUUCUAUACACUUUCCUGGUACUGCUUGUGACUUAGGAGGUCACCCCAGACAGCGGCAGAGAGGUGUAGGGAGAUUAUAAGUGCAAUCCGUCGCCCCGGGUUUUCAUUAGUAUGAUAAAGCCCUACAGUCACAAGGAAGGCGAGUGUCCGGAUAUUUAUG